AUAAAAACAACAACAGCAACGCCGCUACAACCAAAAUCAUGACGGGACGCGAAUCGCAUCGCAUCAAAGAUGCUGAGAAGAAACGUGUCCUGGAUGAAGCUGCACGGCAGCGACGUGCUCGCAAGGCUCUGGAAGCGCUGGAGCGCGACAAUUUCCAAGAUGAUCCGCAUGCAGAUUUGGUUAUGUCAAAGAAGCUACCCAAAUUCCAGGAUAGCAUCAAGAAUGCCAAGGAGAAGAAGGCCAAACGCAAAGGCGCCGAAUACUUUCGUGCCAAAUAUCGCAAGAACUUUCAACAACUACUCGAAGAGGAGAAACAAAAACCCAACUACGAGACUGCAGCGGCGCCUCCGCCGAAAAAACCUGUGCGUCAUUUCUGUGCCGUUUGUGGCAACUUCUCUCAAUAUUCGUGUACUGCAUGUGGAACACGUUAUUGUCGCGUCCGCUGCCUGAAAACUCAUCAGGACACACGUUGUCUUAAGUGGACCGCUUGAAUUGGUUGUAGAGCUACUCAAAUCCAUUACUUAAAUAACUAGUGUAGAAUAAAUGAAAAAAAAACAAACACAACUU